GGGUUUCCGGUUCCUUGUUGCGGGAGCACCGUAGCCAAGCCUCGUAGCCGUCUCCUCUCCCGUCCUCUCUCUGCCUGCAGGAGCCACGGGCCCGCAGCCCGCAAUCAAGUCCCACAGAGCGGAGAUCUGCACGAGAGGCUUGGGGAUGGGAGGGCCAUGUCGCGGGGGCCUCACCGGUCUCCCCAGAAGCGGGGAGUCCCGAGUUGGAAUCCCGGCUUGGCCCUUCCCUCUGUGUGCGUCCUCGGGCAAAUCACCCAGCAUCCCUAAGCCUCAGUUUGCCCGCUGGUAAAAUGGGCGUCACACUCCCUGCCUCUCCCGGAGGAGAGAGGCUGACGCGGACAUCGCACCAGGCACUGCGCCAGAGCGCGCGCCCAGGUGCGGGGGUCUUGGGGCUCAGGCGCAGCAGCCGGGCCCGCAGCUGCUGGCGUCAUCGCGGAGGGCGGGGCCGCGGGGCGGUGCUCUGGGCCGGGGACGGCUGCUGGAGCGGCGCCCGCCGCGGCUCAGCGCAUUCCCGCUCUCCGCUUCCCUCUCCGCUGCGUCCCCGCGCGAAGAUGGCAACCGAGGGGCUGCACGAGAACGAGACGCUGGCGUCGCUGAAGAGCGAGGCCGAGAGCCUCAAGGGCAAGCUGGAGGAGGAGCGAGCCAAGCUGCACGAUGUGGAGCUGCACCAGGUGGCGGAGCGGGUGGAGGCCCUGGGGCAGUUUGUCAUGAAGACCAGAAGGACCCUCAAAGGCCAUGGGAACAAAGUCCUGUGCAUGGACUGGUGCAAAGAUAAGAGGAGGAUCGUGAGCUCGUCACAGGAUGGGAAGGUGAUCGUGUGGGAUUCCUUCACCACGAACAAGGAGCACGCGGUCACCAUGCCCUGCACGUGGGUGAUGGCAUGUGCUUAUGCCCCAUCGGGAUGUGCCAUUGCUUGUGGUGGUUUGGAUAAUAAGUGUUCUGUGUACCCCUUGACGUUUGACAAAAAUGAAAACAUGGCUGCCAAAAAGAAGUCUGUUGCUAUGCACACCAACUACCUGUCGGCCUGCAGCUUCACCAACUCUGACAUGCAGAUCCUGACAGCGAGCGGCGAUGGCACGUGUGCCCUGUGGGACGUGGAGAGUGGGCAGCUGCUGCAGAGCUUCCACGGACAUGGGGCUGACGUCCUCUGCUUGGACCUGGCCCCCUCAGAAACUGGAAACACCUUCGUGUCUGGGGGAUGUGACAAGAAAGCCAUGGUGUGGGACAUGCGCUCCGGCCAGUGCGUGCAGGCCUUUGAAACACAUGAAUCUGACAUCAACAGUGUCCGGUACUACCCCAGUGGAGAUGCCUUUGCUUCAGGGUCAGAUGAUGCUACGUGUCGCCUCUAUGACCUGCGGGCAGAUAGGGAGGUUGCCAUCUAUUCCAAAGAAAGCAUCAUAUUUGGAGCAUCCAGCGUGGACUUCUCCCUCAGUGGUCGCCUGCUGUUUGCUGGAUACAAUGAUUACACUAUCAACGUCUGGGAUGUUCUCAAAGGGUCCCGGGUCUCCAUCCUGUUUGGACAUGAAAACCGCGUUAGCACUCUACGAGUUUCCCCCGAUGGGACUGCUUUCUGCUCUGGAUCAUGGGAUCAUACCCUCAGAGUCUGGGCCUAAUCAUCUUCUGACAAUGCACUCAUGUAUACCUGAGAAUUUGAAAUCUUCACAUGUAAAUAGAUAUUACUUCUAGAGGAGCUUAGAGUUUAUUGCAGUUUAGCUUAGGGGAGCAACCCAUGGCUCACAGGUCACUAAGCGUCUCCAAUAUGACUAUUAAAACUGUCACCUCUGGAAAUACACUAGUGUGAGCCUUCAGCACUGCGAGAAUACCUUCAAGUACGGUAUUUUUCUUUUGGAACACUUUUUAAAACGUAUCUGUUUUUAAGGUUAUUCUAAAUUAUAGUAGCCUCAACCCCUUCUGUCACCAGUAGAAUUCAACAGUUAAUAUAUUCCAUAUUAUUUCUUUGAAUCAAUUCAUUUUCAGAGCACUUUAAAGUCUGAUAUUUCUCAAUGUGCACUGUGAUGCCUGGAACCUUCCUCUGGAAGUGCUGAUUUUAUGGACUGAGGACUGGUAACUGGUCUGUGAUAGAAGCAAAUUCCAAUUCCAAAUGUAAUUAGACAAAAAUCACUUUUUUUAGAAUGUGUUUUUAUUGUAAAAGUAUCUUUUUCAGCUUCCUGUUCUAUUGUCUUUUUUCAGAUACAACAUUUUUGUCUAUGGUGAACUGCUGUAAAUGACGCAGAGAAAUGCCUAAAAAGGACAGGUGGUUUGACUCAUGGAUGAUGAUGAUGUCACUGUGCCACUUGGACAGGGCGUUUUCUCUGAAUUGAAGGGAAAGCCAAUGGUGUUUGUAAACAAAUGCUUCUGAGAGCAAAGAAAAGUCUUCUGUGUGGGAACACAAGACAGUAAACUUAUUUAAAAACCUAUUAGUAGAAUUAGUGGAAACACUUAGGUUAAAGUGAAUCUUGUCCAUAUAAAUUAUAUUCAUAUGUAUUGCAUUGCAAUUAUAAUUACAUAUGCAGAUUGAUUGAUAGUCAUGAAUAAUAACGUCUGCUCCUCUUACAUAGAAAGAAAAACAAUAUUAAAAGAAGAUCUUCUCUUUAUUUGAGACUCAGAAUUCCUUCUAGAAGAAGGAAGUGCUUUUUGUUAUAGGAUCCCUUCUUUUCCUUUUUUUGUUUUUUUGUAAGAUGUAGAUGCUUAUUCUUUGCUUUAGAAAACUUCUCAUUUAAAAAGAUGGCAUGCACCUAGGGGAAUAAAAGGUCACCUCAGACACCAGGUGUCAUUCCUGGUGAGGCCUGCCUCGUCGGUGGCCUGGGGUCUGCCGGCAGGUUCUGGCUGCACCUGAAGGCUGCGUGCACCUUGUCCCCUGGACAGGUCUCCUUUCCUGGCCCUGCUCCAGCCCAGCCCUUCUUCUAGUAGUAGCUCUGGCUUUGCAGGCCCAGCUCCAGGCCCUGCUCCUCAGAGAGACUCUUCCAGAGCUGGAGCUGGGCACAGCCAUAAGACAGGACUGGACCAGAUGCUCCUGUAAACAUCCAGGGGUGUGCCAGGCCCACCCUCACAACUGCUUGUUCAGGUAUCAUAAUGGGCCACUCGGUCCAAAAUCAGCCAGGCCAUCUUUUCCAUCAUCUCACUUCAAAUAAACAUAAUAAUUAUAUUCGA